AUGGGCAGGCAAAGUUCGUCACUUGUAAGCCACCUGAAGAGGGCAGUGAAGAAAUUAAGCCUCAUUUUACUUGGCUUUAAGUUAAACCGAUGGAAAUUGGCUUCAAUCCUUGCUUGUACUAACAGAGCUUCUGCAAGGCAGUGCUUGAGCUUCAAUGACAGUUUGGGUUUGUAUGGCUGCAUUGAAGAUGAUAAGGCCGAUGAGAAUCGGUGUUUGAGACGGGUUCUUAGCACAAGGACCCAUGAUCGCUCUUCGGAUGAUGAUGAUGAUGUUGAUCACCGGGCUGAUGUUUUCAUUGCGAAUUUUCGUCGUCAGCUGAGGUUUGAGAGACAGGUUUCUUUGGAGUUAAGAACCAAGGAUGAUAAUGUGAGAGACAAAGGGUGGCCUGGCCUCUGUAUGGGGCACCAAGAAAAGUAUCUCAUAUAUGGCAAAGUUCAGUUCUAA